UUGGAGAAGCCGCCCCCUUCGCCGCAGCGGGGGUUCCCGGGACAGGUCGCGGAAUCGCGACUGGACACCAGUCUCGGCGCCAGCCAACCCCAGACCCUGGCCCCGCGAGCGUGGUCAGAUAGCCGGUAGCGUGGGGCGCUCUACAGACCGGCUGCCGCGGCCCAGACUCUGAUGCUGUUCCCUGUUAGAAAAAGGUUGCUCACAGCUCUGCUGCAGGCUCAGCGGUGGCCCUUCCAACCCUCCAGAGACAUGAGACUGGUGCAGUUCCAGGCACCCCACCUGAUGGGAUCUCACCUGGGCCUGGAGUCAGGGAAUAAUGGGGGGGUCAUCAACCUCAACGCUUUUGACCCCACACUGCCCAAGACGAUGGUGGAGUUCCUGGAGCAGGGAGAGUCUACCCUCUCAGUGGCGAGAAGAGCCUUGGCUGCCCAGCUGCCAGUCCUUCCGCGGUCAGAGGUAACCUUCCUGGCUCCAGUCACACGGCCAGACAAGGUGGUGUGUGUGGGCAUGAAUUACGUGGACCACUGCAAGGAACAGAACGUGCCUGUGCCAAAGGAGCCCAUCAUCUUCAGCAAGUUUGCCAGCUCCAUUGUGGGGCCCUAUGAUGAGAUCAUCCUCCCACCUGAGAGCCAGGAGGUGGACUGGGAAGUGGAGCUAGCCGUGGUCAUUGGAAAGAAAGGCAAGCACAUCAAGGCCACAGAUGCCAUGGCUUAUGUGGCUGGCUUCACUGUGGCACAUGACGUAAGUGCUCGUGACUGGCAAAUGAAACGCAAUGGAAAGCAGUGGCUGCUGGGAAAAACCUUUGACACCUUCUGCCCCCUGGGCCCUGCCUUGGUGACUAAGGACAGUGUAGCAGAUCCACACAACUUAAAGAUCUGCUGCCGGGUGAAUGGGGAAGUGGUCCAGAGCAGCAACACCAGUCAGAUGGUGUUUAAGACAGAGGAGCUGAUAGCCUGGGUCUCUCAGUUUGUCACUCUUUACCCCGGGGACAUCAUCCUGACGGGGACCCCCCCAGGUGUUGGUGUAUUCAGGAAACCUCCAGUCUUUCUCAAGAAGGGCGAUGAAGUGCACUGUGAGAUUGAAGAAUUGGGUGUCAUUAUCAACAAGGUGGUGUGAUGGCUCCUGCCGCAGGCCCUGGACUUAAGACAAGAGGAGGGGCACCGGUUCCCGCUCAGCCCUGUGCAGGGUGAGGCCCAGUCCCAGCCCCCUCAAGGCUCGUCAUCUAGGUAGAGGAGGAAUAAGUGGGACUCUCUUCUUCAAUAAACUUCUCAGGCUAAAG